AAGCAUCUGCAUUGCAUAGGAGAUUUCUUUCCACGCUGCUCUAAGUUCUGCUUCGGAAACACAUUACCUCAAAAGUAUGUCGUCCCCCUAUAGCUAUCAAUCUGGAGUAGUGGUCUCUGAUCACAAAUGCAAUACUUGUACAGUCGCCGCCAUUUGGUAGACUACCAUCAAAAUUCACAUUCAGAUAGUUAGGAGGUGGGGGCUCCCAAGAAGUAAGAACAUACUCAGGUGUUGAAGCAGCAGAGAUGAAGCUCUAGAUGUCCCUGACCAACUUAGAUGAAACAACCAUAAUAGCUUCGGUGACUUCCGUGGCCUGGCAGAUAGCUCUGUCCGCCCUAGCCUGCAGGGGAGCCCGUCUGUCCUCGAAGAUCCUGUCAUUUCUAUUCAGCCAAAUAUGAUAAGCUAGAUAGGCAUCCACAAUACUCCAGCCAGCAGUACUUGGUGACCUCAUGGCAUUAAUAAUCAGAAGUAGAUCACCGUAGAAUUUAUGGACCUCGGUAGGGGAAAGGAGGCCCUCCUCUAGAUUUGUGUGGCUCGUGGGCACUAUAGCAGGACGUGACUAACCAUCUCCACCACUUCUAGGUAGUCCAUACAUGUCGGGGAAAUUCCAGUCUUCCUCCUUGCAAGCACGCUCCUGGUUGGUAAGUAGUUCUAGGCCGCCUUCGAGAAGAAUGGAAUUCUCAUGUUUGGUUGGUCAUAGCAAUAGUUGCGUUAAGAGCCCAUGACAUUAAGCGCGGCCGUCCGUAAAUCGUAAUAUACCUCACGUGGAUGGCGCGGGCAAUGCACGCCACGUUGCGUAUACGUCUACGGAGAGGGGAAGAGAAAAGUAUCAACGCAACUUGUGGCGCUGAGGCUUUUGCGUCGCUUCGAUUAGCUUGUGCGGUUGACCGACCCAGAAACCCUGUCCGCCACGCCAGCCGUCAGCACUCCUAAGCCCUCACAGUCCGUCCACAUUGCAGACGCGACGAGCCCUCUGCCUCCCAUUCCAUCAAGCCCGCCUCGCGCGACCAGGAGGAGGGUUUCACCAACAUCCUUGGUUCUCUCACAGCGAAGGGUGUUAUAAAUAUAAGUAUCAUUUCCCUCCACCCUUCAUCCCAAGACCCGAUCCCGUCCAGUAUUAUUCUUCUAAAAUGGCCAGCGUUUUUCUCCCCUCCUCCCUCCUCCUCCCUCGUUCUCGCACCCCUCUUCUUUCCUCGGUCCCAAACUCCUCGGUACUAAACCCAUCGCAGAAGCUUGAUGCCGGCGCUGCGGCCGUCCCCCGCCUUCCCAAGCGGUCGGCUUACUUCAAGGUAAAUGCAUUUGUUGCUGAAACUAAGCGACCAAACUGGUGGGAAAGAAAUGCAGUACCAAAUAUGAUCGACAUUCACUCGAUGCAGGAGUUUGCGCAUGAAUUAAGCCAAGCUAGUGAUAGGCUUGUCGUUGUUGACUUUUAUGGCACUUGGUGUGCUUCUUGUCGAGCCCUCUUCCCGAAGCUUUGCAAAAUAGCUGGAGAAAAUCCUGAUAUACUAUUCAUAAAGGUGAAUUUUGAUGAAAAUAAGACAAUGUGCAAACAACUAAAUAUUAAAGUGCUUCCGUAUUUCCAUUUCUACCGUGGUGCUGAUGGGCAGUUGGAAUCUUUUUCAUGCAGCUUAUCAAAGUUUCAGAAAAUAAAGGAUGCCAUUGCAAAGCACAACACUGCUCGUUGUAGCAUGGGUCCAGCUAUUGGUGUGGGGCAUCUCAACAUCCAAACCCGAUCCCCAGAGGAAAAGCCAGCAGAAGCUAGUUCAAGAUAGUUAUAUCUUUCUGAUCAUUCUCUUCGCCUCUGAAGGAGUUCAAAUUUUGCAUCCUAGGUCUAGUGCUUCAGAUUGAUUUAUCUAUUGAAUGUAAAACAGCCAAUUUUAGCAUCAUUCUUUUCCUACUCAUUGUAGUACAGAUUUUUUUCUUUGCGAAGUAAUACAGAAAAACAGAGUUUUACUCUA